AUUAAUUUAUUCUUGUGAUGAACCAUAUCAUUCCUGUUCCUCUUAACUUUUAUGCAGUGUCCCUACGUAAUUUUUAAAAUAAUAUUUAAUAUAAUAAAUAUGUCAAUUUUGAGUCUAGAAUAUAUUAAAGAACAGAUUAAUGAAUAUAAUGGCAAGGUAAAUUAAAAAUAUUGCUUAUAAGAAAGUUAUUGUACCAAAUUUAAAUUAAUAUAUAAGCUAUAAUAUCAACUUCUGUAUAAUAUUACAUUCACUUAUGUGUCAUAACGAUGUCAAAAAAAAGACUUUCAGAACUAUGUACAAAAGAGUUACAUUAUCUCCUCUUUUCACUAUAACAUUUCUGAAUUUAUCUGCUUGAUAUGUAGAAUUUUAUUGAACUUGCUAUAACAUUAUUCACCACUCUGAAGAAUACGCGGACGAAGAAUAGAACUAUAGAAAGUAUAAAAAAACUUCUUCAGCAUAAUCAUGAUGUACUGCGAUGCAAUAUUUUUCAUCUCUUGUCUCAUUUUACUAGAUAUAAACGGUUUUUAUGACUGUAAAGUUGUGCUCGUAAAGCUUCGUCUUAGGUAGCAAUAGCUGGGGGUAGCAAUCAAUUGGGAAUAGAGUUUUCAAUAUUUAAUGGGGCGUUCAACAUACGACGAGUUUUCAAAAGAGGGUGAAUAUUGCUUCACAUUAUGACAGGAAGAGCGAGAUAACCGUUCAUAGCAGUUUUAAACAUGGACAUUACAGAACCUUCAGGUUACAAAGAUUUCAGAUUUCGUGUGGGCAGUUGAAAUACAUCGCUUAAGCUUUGAAAUAAUGGGUUUAUGGCCCGAAGGUGACAAAUUUGAAACAAGUAAUUUAUGGUUGAAACUUCGUGUAAUCAUUAUUUUAAGUUUAAUAAUAUUUGUUACCAUUAUUCCAAUGAUACAUUCAGUUAUACAAGUAUGGGGCAACAUGGUACUGGUAGUAGACAAUUUACGUCUUACAUUACUUUUCAUAAUAACAUUAAUGAAAUACGUUAUUAUGCUGUCGAAACGAACAGUUAUUUUGUCAAUUAUAAAUAUGAUGGUGGAAGAUUGGAUAGUAUUCAAAUCGAAUAUAGAGAGAGCCGUGAUGAUAAAACAAGCACAAAUUGCUCGAGUAAUCAUAGUUAUUGGAUACUUCAUCAUGAUAAUAGGAGCUUUUGGAACAAUAAUUUCAGCCUUUUUUGGCAUACAAAUAGCGUCAGUAACAAAUCGUACGGAUCAGCAUAAGACGUUACUGUUUUUGACAUAUGACUUCUAUGAUACAGAUAAAAGUCCGCAGUUUGAAUUGACAUUCUGUAUUCAUAUUAUAUCGCUCGUGACUGCAACUACUGUAUUUAUGUCAGUAGACAAUUUUUUAGUGCUACUAGUUUUUCACAUUUGUGGCCAGUUAAAAAACUUUAGAUGUCGACUAGUUAAUAUGACGUCAUGCAAAAACUACAACAAAACACUAAAUAAUAUCGUAACAUCUCAUUUACGUAUGAUCAGAUUUGCUGAUAAUAUCGAAAAUACAUACUCUUUAAUGAUGUUAUUUAUGUUACUUCACUUCAUUGUUGUAUUCUGCCUAUGCGGGUUCUGUUUUAUAUUAGAAAUGGAUGAAGUUACGACAAAAAUUUACAUUUCGAUAAUUACACUUAUAAUCUUAUUAAUGAAUACUUUUUUGUAUUGUGGUGCAGGAGAACUUUUAACGGAACAGUCCAAUGCAGUAUAUCGUGCAAUAUGCAAUCUUGAGUGGUACAAAUUGGAAUCAAAAAAUGCGAGAAAUAUUAUUUUAUUAAUAGUUCGAACACAUCAUCCUAUUUGUAUUACUGCAGGAAGAAUUAUUCCAUUAACAAUGUCUACUUUUUGCAGCGUAUUAAAAACAUCGAGUGGAUAUAUAACAUUUUUAUUGGCAAAACAUGGUUAAAAAUUAAGACAAUAUAUUAAUACUUACGUAUCAUAAAGAAAUGAAUGUAUAUUCAACUAAAUAAUUACAAAUAGAUGGCAGUAUAUUGUAUUAACAAUUACUAGAAUAGAAAUAAAUUUUUUUCUUGUUUA